AUGAAUAAUAACAAUCUUGCCAAGAAGUUGGAGGAUAGUGCACCGCAGUUCACUGGUGGAUCACCAUGGCUCCAUGUCAAGGCUGCCUCCCAAGAAGAAGACCCCUGCAGAGUUGGAAAAGAGGCGCUAGCAGAAGUGUUCAGCCAGAUGAAGUUCAGGGUGGUGAUGUGCAAGGACAAGACUGCAGUGGAGAUUCCCAUUGUGCUGAAGGUCUUCUCUGAGCUGAAGCAGUUAUCUGACCUGCAACCGUACGAUGUGAAGGAGGGGGUCAGCGAUCUUACUGAUCUAAAGGAUCUUCCUAAGCAUGGCGAUGGCUUCGUCUGCUGCAUUCUGAGUCACGGAAAAAAGGAGGGCGUCUGUGCCACAGAUGGAACAGUCGUCCCCACCAUUGAUAUCCUCUCACCUUUCAACGGCGAGAAAUGCACGAUCCUCGUUGGAAAGCCCAAAGUAUUCUUCAUCCAGGCGUGUCGGGGUGGGGGGGGGUCCGGUUCCAGACAGAAGGGAGUGCCGGUGCCGAAGAGGAACCCUGUAGAGGACAAGGAACUGCGGGCAGACUAUGACCAAGUCCAAAACUACACCCUUCCAAUAUGGUCUGAUUUCCUGGUUGUCAUGGCCAACGUAGAGCAGUAUGUCUCCAUCAGGAACAAAACCAAGGGGUCCUGGUUCAUCCAGUCUCUAUGUGGCCAACUGAAAGAUGGCUGCCUCAGAGGGAAAGACAUCCAUGCGAUCAUCACUGGCAAUGCUGAAGUGAGCAAGAUGGACGGUGAACUUCCUGUUAAGGAUAAACAUGGUAAUGUAAUUUGCUAUGAGAAGGUUAAGCAAUCACCAGAUUCCAGAAACACCCUGACGAAGACACUCAUCUUUCCUGCACCCUGAUGACCUCUUGAUGUUACCAUGAAAACCAUCUGUCAACUGUUAUUAUGCUAAUUUAAUUUGAAAUGAAAGUUUUGAUUUAAAAAACAGCUCCAUGCAGGCUGUGAAUAGGCCUUAAUCAUAUUCACUGCAUUCCUGU